CUUACCAGAUCUAGAAGAUGGUCAUAAUGCAAAUUGGUUAUGGGAUGUUUAUGAAGAACAGGGUUUUGUGACUGCUCAUUCUGAUGGUUCUUGUGGUGGUUUUGUCGAACCAUUGGAUUGGGACAUGGGAGAUAUGACUCAUUGGUAUAUUGAAGAGAAAUUGAGGGAUGGGUAUAAGAGAAUUCAACCUGGUUACCAUCAAUUCCCAACUGAUUCAAUAUGUGACAAUUUCAAUCUAAUAAGAGAAACUGAUGAAAAAACUCGAUUCAAUGAAUCUUGUGUAUUCUUAAAUGGAACAAGUGAAAUGACUUGGAUGCAAGGUUAUACCUUUGGCUCUGGUCCUUAUUGUAUGGGGCAUAAAACUAUUUCACAACAUACACUUGAUUGGGUUGAAGAAUUCUUAAAUGUUUACAAAGGUAAAAAACGUUAUGUAUCAGCAACAUUUCUAGACACUCAUAUUGAUGGGCAAUACCAUACAGAAUUUGGUAGUAAUAUUAGAUCAUUAAUUGAGAAAAUGAUUGUUGGCAACAAACAAACUGGUGAAGGUCCACUACUCUCAAAAAAUAGCGCAAUAAUUAUUCAUAGUGAUCAUGGACUCCAUUAUAGUUCAGAGUAUACAUUUUUCGAAGGAUAUUUACAUCAUAAACAACCUACAAUGAUGAUGUUAUUACCAAACCAACUGCUUGAUUCACAUCCCAAUUUUGGUUAUUCUCUCAAAGAAAAUCAAUAUCGCCUUUCAACUCAUAUGGAUUUACAUCAAACAUUAUUACAUUUAGCAUAUGGAGGUGGUGGUGAAAAAUAUAUGCCAAGGGAUUUGAAAUCCACAACUUUAGCUGAUUAUUUAGAAUAUAACAAAUAUAUAAAUAAAUUUUUAUCAAGCUCCACUUUCAGGAAAAUAACAAAUAAUCCUGAUGCUCAUGAUGUUAAGACCAAAGCACAAAUUUAUGGUCAGUCAUUCCUCACCCCAAUGUAUAAAUUGCGCACUUGUGAUACAUUGAAUAUACCACGUGAGUUUUGUCCAUGCAUGGAAUUUCAGCAAAUUGAUUAUCAGAAUGUGGAUCAAAAGAAAUUAGUUGAUAUGGCAAUGUUCAAGGCAACAAUUUACAUCAAUGAAUUCCUAAAGAGCAAUCAGUAUGACAGUGUGUGUCAGUUGUUUAAUUAUGAAAGUGACAAUAACUCAAAUAACACAAUGAAAUUUGAUAGUGGAUUUUAUAAUCCACAUACAUGGGCAGAAUAUGAGUUAUAUCGAAUAACUGUCUCCAUCAAAAAUUUCAAAGCAUUAUUAUCCAUUCAAACCACAAAAAAUAUUUUAUUAUGGUCAGCACCUGAUAGUACUUCGCAGAUUGAAAUUGCCCAAGAAACAAGAUUUGCUGAUGAAUGGGAAAAAUGUCGACCUAGACUAAGAGAAAAAUUGAAUCAAUCUGCUGAUAAAGUUGAGAAUGAAAUAGAAAAAAUUGCAAGACAAUUUUGUUUUUGUUCAAACGAUUUUAACUUAUAG